AUGGAAGAUGAUGGUAUAAUACAAUUUCAAGGUAAACAAUUUGUUUUUAUUCCCGACAAUAAAAUGUUUGUUUGUGUUACUACAGAACAAAAUCUUACUUUUAAGACAAGUAAACUAUGCGAACAAAUUAUUUUUAAAAAAUUAUUGGUUCUUAAACUACAUUUGGAUUUUGAAAUCGGUGCCCAUGAAGCGGCAAAAGAAGUUUUCCCUAACAUCGAAAUAGAUGCAUGUCGAUUUCACUUAGGACAGUGUUGGUGGCGCAAAAUUAAUUCUGAAAAAGAACUUCGUUUGGCCUACACUAAAAACUCCGAUUUGGGAAAAUGGUUAAAACUUUUUUUUGGAAUACCAUUUUUACCUUUUCAAGAUAUCCAAAAUGCGUUUGGUGAACUCAUAUCAAUUUGUCCCGAUUUAUAUAUUGGAUGUUUGUUUUCUGACUACAUUUUAAAUACAUACGUGGAGAAUGGUUGUUUAUUUCCACCGGAAAUUUGGGCACAAGAGCCAUCCGAAAAUCCUCGAUAA